UAUUAGUGUUUUUAAUGUUUCAAAAAGCAUGUUAUUUCUCUGAUUUAGGAGAAGCAUCUAUCCUAAGGAUGGCUAAGCUGCAGCUGCUGUUGUUUCUAUUGUCGUUGUUGCAGUCGUCCUAUUCAGCUGCAGCUCGGAACUACUCUGCUGCUGAGGGACUCGAGAGCAGUCCCUUGACCACAGUGCGCGCUCUGAUUGGUCAGUCGGUGCUGCUGCCUUGUGACGUCACGCCAACAACCACAGCCAAGCCACCAAUCCUGGUGCUCUUCUAUUACGGAGAGAGCGGCACUCCAAUCUACACUUUGGACGCUCGCGACGACGAAGUGGUCAACGGCCGCCGCUGGGCGGACGAGAACCGCCUGGGACGACGCGCGCAGUUCAUCGUCAGCGGCGACGAGCGCGGACUGCUGCUCACCGACCUGCAGCCUGACGAUGAGGGCGAGUAUAGGUGCCGCGUCGACUUCAGAGCUGCGCCCACCAAGAACUUCAGAAUACUUCUAGAUAUCAUCAUGCCGCCGCGGCACCUGCUGAUCACGAGCAGCUGGGACGAGGGUCGCGUGGUGGAGGGCAACAUCGGCCCCUACCCUCAGGGGGCGGACCUUACCCUCACCUGCCAGGUUACCGGGGGUGACCCGCUGCCAUCGGUGGUCUGGUGGCAGGCUGGCAGACUUGUCGAUCGCUCCGCUGAACUGCAAACCGAGCAGGUGACACGCAACACGCUGCGUCUGCCGCCCCUGGGCCGUGACGACGUGCUCACGUCUCUCACGUGCACAGCCAGCAACAACAACAUCUCUGCACCCCUAUCUGCCUCUGUCACCAUCGACGUCGCGCUGCCUCCAACUUCAGUGCGAAUUUGGCUCAAAACUCAAGACAGAAAUCCGUACCAAAGCCCCGAGUUUGAUCGAGCGCGCGCCCAAAUCUCAUCGCAGCGACUGCUGGUCGUCAAAGAUGGCGUCGAGUACGCGGUUGCUUGCGAGGCGCUAGGCAGCCGUCCUCAGGCUUUCGUCCUGUGGGAGAAGGAUGGUCAUGCAAUUGAUAUGCACCAGUCGGCCUCUACAACGCAAUCCUCCGUGUUGCAUGCAGGACCAAACUCUAAUCGUGAUGCAGGAUCCCUCUCCACGUUGACUUUCAUCCCCUCGCCCGAAGAUCAUCAAAAGGUCCUCAGAUGCACCGCCUACAGCCCCAAGAUUCCCGAUGAGUCUGUCAGUGACCAUGUCACUCUAGAAGUGCUUUAUGCGCCGAAGUUGAACCUGACAUACUCGGCGGGGACGCCGCAAGACGCGCUAGAAGUGGGCGACUCGUUCGGGCUGAGCUGUGGCGUGGACGCCAACCCUCCUCCUACGGCCCUCCACUGGGCUAAAGAUGGCGUGCCCCUGGAGAGUUCUUCCCUGGAGGGCGUGACGGUGAUGGGGUCGCGGGUGGCGGUACAGGGCGCGUCCCGCCGCCUGUCGGGGGCCUACACCUGCGCCGCCGCCAACUCCCUGGGCGCCGCCACCUCCCACCCCCUCACCCUCAACAUCAAGUUCGCGCCUGAGUGCGCCGACCACCAAAAAACGCACUAUGGCGCCGGUCUGAAGGAGGUCUUGGAAGUCACUUGUAAGGUCUGGAGCCACCCUGCCCCUCUGAGCUUCAGGUGGGCUUUCAACAGCACCAUGGGGCUCAUAGACAUCCCCCAGAACACCUUCAGCAAUAACGGCACUGUCAGCAGAGCCUUGUACAUCCCCCACACCUCACUGGACUUCGGUUCCCUCCUCUGCUGGGCUGCUAACGACGUGGGCAUGAUGCUCCAGCCGUGCGUCUUCCACGUCGUCCCGGCCGCGAAGCCAGAAGCGGUCGAGAACUGUAGAGUGCACAACAACAGUUCCAUGCCACGCACCGUGGCUCUGGUGACGUGUUCUCCAGGCUACGACGGUGGCAUGAACCAAACUUUCUCUCUUGAAGUCCGAGAAUUCAAGAAUCUUCAUUCCCGUCCCUUGGCUCAAGUUUCCCACUCCCCCAUUCCGGUAUUCCACUUGAAGAACCUCAAAAUUGGCGAGCCUUUGAUGUUCAUCAUAACCGCCGUGAACGCUCGAGGCACCAGCGCUCCGGUAACAAUAACAUACACAGCUCCCCAUCUUGCGCUCUCACGACGAGCACCCAACGCAUACGAUAGCACCCGAACUGCAUGGGUUCCUUGGACAUUACUCAUUGCUAUCGUCUUCGGUGGCCUCAUUACGGCCUUAGUGUGUUUCUGUGUGGCGCUUUUCAUGCUCAAGUUCCGCACUCCGAGGAAGUCCAAGAGCGCCGCUAAAAUAGUCUACGCUGGCCCCAUUCGCCCUUGCGAGAAGGAGCGUCUCAACGGAGCGCACACAACUCAGACGACUUGCGAUCAUGCUGACUGCGAAGAGAAGCAGCUGCUGCAGGUGGAUUUUACCCCGAUUUCCCCCAAACCUUCGAUCCACCGCACCCAGAACCACAGGGAUGGGGGUACAUCCUUCCACAUCGUACAGCCCAGACUCGAUGUACUUCCCCAAGGGGAAAGAGAUAAUUUUUCCAACCAAGCUAAUGACGUUAGACUCCCAACACCCACGAAUUGGGGACAACAAGAGUGUUGUGGGGAGUCCUGUUCCCACGGCUACACCCGCAGCAACCUGACAUCUCCGUCACCGGCGUCCCCCCAAAACCCUCAACCUCCACGUCCUUCCCCCCACAACCUGCCCACCCCCCCUCCAACGCUCAGGCAGUUCACAGCUGAUGAACACAAUCAACAAAAUGUCAGUGUGUUCGUUCCUCUGAUGAAUGCACCUGCCAAGCAUAGCGAUGUAUGAAACUGCGCCUGCCAAGCACAGUGAUGUAUGAAACUGCGCCUGCCAAGCAGAGUGAUGUAUGAAACUGCGCCUGCCAAGCAGAGUGAUGUAUGAAACUGCGCCUGCCAAGCAGAGUGAUGUAUAAAACUGCGCCUGCCAAGCAGAGUGAUGCAUGAAACUGCGCCUGCCAAGCGAAGUGAUGUAUAAAACUGGGUCCACCAUGCAUAAUGAAUCAUAAAAAUUUGCCCGCCAAGCUUAGUGACUCAUUAAACAGUGCUCGACCAGCAUAUUGACUCAUAAAACUGUGCCCGCCAAGCAUAGUGAGUCAUUUAAAAAACAGUGCUCGCCUGUCAUAAUGACUCAUAAAACUGUGCCCGCCAAGUAUAAUGACUCAUAAAGCUAUUCCCGCCAAGCAUAAUCGCUCAUAAAACUGUGCCCGUCAGUCAUUAUAACUCAUAAAACUGCGCCCGCCAGGCAUAGUGACUCAUAAAACUGUGCCAGCCAGGCAUAGUGACUCAUAAAACUGUGCCCGCCAGGCAUAGUGACUCACAAAACUGUGCCCGCCAUAGGCAUAGUGACUCAUAAAACUGUGCCCCCCAGGCAUAGUGACUCACAAAACUGUGCCCGCCAUAGGCAUAGUGACUCAUAAAACUGUGCCCGUCAGGCUUAAUCGCUCAUAAAACUGUGCCAUCAUGCAUAGUGAUUCAUUAAACUGUACUCGCCAAACUCAGUCACAUAAAAAUGCAUUAGCAUAUGUUAACCUCUCAUUUAUGGCAGUAUGCUCUAAAUUCACAAUAAAUACUGAAGUCAAGUUAAAACCGCAUGGUUACUGUGCAUUUUAUUCGUUGCUCUGGUAACCGGGCAAGACAAACACAGGAUCUGAAAAGCUGCCACCUUAUCAGCUUUAACCCUUCGUUAAUACACAAUAAAGACUGCAAUAAAAAAUUAGUCAACGGAUUAUUCUUCGCACAGCGCCCAAGACUCUCAUGAUUCUACUGGUCUUGUUUUUUAGCAAAUCCUCAUUCGCCGGACAGAAAUUUCUUGAAUGUUUAACUAACAUUAAUUGCCGUGGACAAGCUUGGGGCGCCGUAGUUUUCCCGUGCUGAUGUGGGGGGCACUGAAUUAAAAGAUUGAACAGGGUGAGACAUUCACGCCCUUGAUGAGAGCGCAACGUUUUCAACGGCCAAACGAAGAGGUGCUGCAUUUGUUAUACUAUUAUUGUUUUGCUGAGUAUCUGUAACGAUUACGUAUUGAUAACUGAAUAUCGAUUUUGAAGAAUUGCAAUAUUUGUAGUUAAUGUUAUUUUUAAGGUAAUUUGUAUUUUGUAAGCGGAUGUAAUAUUUC